AUGUCAUUAGAUAAUGAACAUGAUCAAUUCAUGGAUAGUUUAAAACCAGCUAGUCCGACUCAUGAUUCAUCACUGGACUUAUCUCGAGCUGAAAAAGAAUUAAAUCAAUUACAACAAGAUAAACAAAACCUAAUGAUUCAACAAAAUCAACAAUAUUUAGAAUCAUUAUUCCAAGAUCAUAAGCAUCAACCAGUGAAAAUUAGAAAUGUACAAAUUACUAAUGGACAAUCAUAUCGAGAUCAAUUUUUAAAAUAUCAAUUUCGAAAUUUACUUAAUGGGGAAGUCAUGACAUUAGAGAAAUAUCUUAAUAAUGUGAAUCAAAUAUCAAAAAUUUUAAUAUCUUCUGGGAUAAUUGAGAAUUUACAUGUACUGAAUAAUUUAGUUAAUCCUCCUUUAUUUUCCAAAAGUCAAGCAUUUCAUCUUGUGCCAGUAUUUAAUGUUGUUCCUGUUAAAAGAUUUUUCGCUAAAACUGGGACUAAUAUUGGUAAUGGAGAAGGGGAUGGAUAUAUUCAAUUUCAAUUGAAAAAUUUAUUUGGUGGAGGUGAAAAUUUAAUAUUUGAUGCUAUUACUGGGACGAAAACAAAAUCAUCUUAUUUAAUUAAUUAUAAUCAACCAAUUGGUAAUAAUUUACAAUAUAUGAAUGAGAAUUUAUUUAUGAUAAAUACAAGAAAUCUAGAUUGGUUACAAUCAAAUAUUACCACUAGAGGAAUGAUUAAUAAAAUAUAUACACAAUUUUAUAAUUCCAACUUAAAUCAUGAAAUAAUUAUGGAAAAUAGUUGGAAAAUAUUAAAUAAUCAAAAAAGUAAAUCAUUACAAGUUUUACAACAAGCUGGUUCUCAAUUUAAAUCAUCAAUUGCUUAUAAUAUGAAUUAUGAUACUAGAGAUAAUAAACAUUUACCAACAAUAGGGAAAUUUUUACAAAUUGGCAUUGAAUAUAAUAAUCCAUCAUUAUUAUUAAUGAGAUUUAAAAAUCAAUAUCCAUUUAUUAAAACCGUGGCUCAAACUCAAUUUGUUCAACAAUUACCAAUUAUCAAAUCCAAUUUAAUCAUCACCAAUAAAUUUGGUUUAUUAUACCCUUUGAAUAAUGAUAAAUCAUCAUCGUCAUUAUUAGAUAGAUUUUAUAUUGGGGGACCAAACGAUGUAAGAUCAUUUUUACUUAAUGGUUUAGGUCCAAAAGAUUAUAAUUCAUGUAUUGGUGGUGAUUUAUUUUUCAAUGGGGGAAUAUCUUUAAUUACUGAUAUACCGAAAUAUAAUGAAUCUAAUUUUAAAAUUCAUAAUUUUAUUAAUUUUGGAAGAUUAGUUGGGUUUAAUAAAGAAAUUAGUUUAUUUAAUAAUUUACAAAAGUUAACUAAUCAAUAUUCAAUAAGUUAUGGAUUUGGAAUAUUAUUUAAUCAUCCAAUGGCUAGAUUUGAAUUGAAUUUUGUGUUACCAUUAGUUACUCAUGAAAGAGAUUCACUUCGUAAAGGUAUACAAUAUGGUAUAGGUGUAUCAUUUUUGUAA